GGUUAAUGAAGACCGGUAGUAUAUUAGGAUAUUAAUAGUCGGUUCUGUGUCUUAGAUAUCGUGGUGUUUGUCCGUAGUAUAAUUAAUCUCAUGGAUAUUUUGAUGUUUUACAUUUUGUCAAGAUACUAUUGUGUAUGUGAUGUUUGGUUGAUAAAUCUGAUAGUAUAUUAUAAUAGUCUGACAGCAUGCUGUGUUAAUUCGUUGUUACAAUGAGAUGUUAUUUAGAAGAAAUUCAGAACAAGUUGUUAUGAAUUGAGAUAGUAUGCUAAUAUAACGGUGUGUUCUUCUGAAUCUAUAUAUUAAUUGUAGAACCAGUAUUAAUAUACCAUUACUUUAAAAUGAAUUGUUGGUCGCUUAACUACACUGCAUUUUUAGUUAUGCAUGCUUGUGUAGUUAUGUGUAUGCCGUGAAAAUGUAUGCCUAUGAUAUGUUUCAUAUUUGUUGCGUAUUUUAUGUUUCUCAUAAUUACACAAUUUUAUGUGCUUUACAGCCGAAUCAAACCUAAUGGCUCAGAAAGAACUAGACCAAGGCAGCUGGACCCGACAAUUCCGAUCCAGCCUACACUCAACAGUAGACUUCUUCGCAAAUGUCAGUCUGCGAAAAGCGCACUACAAAUGCCUCAAAAGAACGCCAUUCUACCGGCUAAUCUUACCGUUUGCCAAGCAUGAAAUAUCCAUCUCGCAAGUCACAUGGACACAAAUAGGCACAGUCCUCAUAUUGAAAACAUACAACAAAGAAGACAGAGUGUUCAAGAUUGGAGGAAGAGAAUUGCAUGUCACAGAUGAGGAUUGCAAUCUGAUAUUCAGCAUCAAAUCAGGUGAACAAAGCAUAAGUAUUCGCAGAACCACCAAACCAGAAUUUGGUCUAACCAAUCGUAAAUUUAGAGACGUAUAAAAAAUACGAUUGGGGAUGUUGAAGCCUAAGAUGAUGGAAUACAUUGACAGUAGGGAUGACGAGGAUGUCGAAGAUGUGGUUCGUAUAAUCAUACUCCAUGUACUUACAUCCUGUUUUUUUGUAACUUCCGGAGACCAAGUCAGCUGGUGGAUGGUACAGCUGUGUGAUGAACUGUACAAACUCAGUGAUUACAAUUGGGCAGGUUACAUCGUCGAAUUCCUGAUGAAAUAUGUGCAGGAAACAGAACCAUCAUUAGUCCGUGGAUGCACAACACUAUUGUUGUUCUGGAUGUGUGAGAGGAUAAAUAUCAUUGAACCAAUCAUCGCUGAUGCUUUCCCAAGGUUCCAGAAGUGGAAUUUGAAAACACUGGGGACAGCGCUGGAGUAUAAAGCCAUCAGAGACAUCCACAACGAUGAAGUGAACGAGUCAGCACUCACUCAGACAGAAGAAGAAACUGCGUUCUUCAGCAAGGACACAUCUGCUGCAGAAAGAGGCAGUAAAAGGAAAAGAACAAUUAAAAAUAAGGAGCACAAGAAAGGCAAAACAGAUGACACAUGCACCAGUUCUGAAACAGGAGACACUGAUCAGAAUAUCAAUGUCCCAGAAAAAUUCAUGACUAAAUUACGUGAGAAGUCGUCAGAAAAUCGCCGUCUUUCCAAGCUAGCACUUCAGUACGAGACUAAAUCCCAUAUACUGAGAGAGAAGAACGAACAUCUGGAAUACCUCUUGGCCAAAUACGCACCAGCUGCAGAAUCGAGUCGUGGGGGAUCGGCCCAACCCAUAGACCAUACAACAGAAGCAAAGUUAGCUGCCGAAACAUUACGUUGCGCCGCACUCGAAGAACAGCUGCUACUUAUGAAACAGUCAUACGAUGACUUGGAAGCAACAACAGCACUGUUGAAGCUACAUGUAGAGGCCCUGACCGCUGACAACAACAGCCGCAAGAAGUCCAAAACAUGAAUUCAGAACUCCGGUGACGAACCUGAUACCAAAUUGCACGAAUCAGCUGGCAAGGCAACCACUUCCAUGGUGACAGGCUCAACUCCAAAAACUCCCACGGAAGACAGUAUGCCAUCUUUCCGAUUGUUUUCACAAACGCAGCCUGACCCUAAUGAAACAGAUGCAGAGCGCGAUGAUCUUUUACCUCUGACGUACGUUGAUGAGACCGAGAUACAACUCGUUGAUCUCAUUACUGAUGUAACGUUGCUGAAAGACAUCAAUAAGGAGAAGAGUCAGACGAUACUCCACCAAAACGAAUUAAUGAAACAGCUGAAGCACACAAUAUCUAGUACCAAAAAGACUAGCAAUUGUCCUCAAAUUUCAGUUGAACAAAUGAAUGUAUCCUUCGAGAUUGAUGGGGGGAUCAUGGACACCAACAGCGAAGGUCAUGAGGGCUCAGUGAACAUAUCUGCUGACACAUUGAUCUUACCGCAUGCCAACACGGAACAUGCCGAAAGCAUCGAAAAAAUACUACCCAUAUCUGAUAGAACACGGUCCAAGCGUCCUGCGGUAA